AAAAUGUGACUGAAAAUGUGUCAAUUAUCGUGAUACAAUCGGUUAAGUAAAGGUUAGCUGACAGAUAUUCUUAUUUUUGACAGUAUUAUCAUUCAAUCAAUGCACUGCACGCAUCGAGUUUCAUAACACUCAUGUAUAAUAACACCAGAAAAGAUCCAUGCAAAAAACAGGCGUGUUUGAUACAAAAGUGUUUAAAAGAAAAUAAUUAUCAAGAGUCUGCAUGUGAAGAGGUUUUGGAGUUGAUGCGUGAAUGCUGUCGAAAAUACAAGGGGAAAUCCAUUUGCUGUGAAGGUAUCGAUAUAGAACCCACUAAAAAGACAUCAGAAUCGGCAAAAUCAAAAAUUAGAUGGAUCAAAAUACAAAAACACAAACUAGAACGCGCCGGCAGACCUAUAUUAUUCCAAAGCGAAAAUUUGCCCAACGCUAUCCAUUUAUAACAAUUUGGGGUUCAACUAUUGGUGCUUUGCUUAUAUUUUUCUCUCGUCCCAUCUACGACGCCUUCAUUCGCGAAGACGUUAUUCACGAUAUACCAGCUGAUAAGCGCCGUGAAGCUAUCUUAAAAGCAUGG